AUAUAUUAUAUAAUAAUAAUUCACGAUAAAUUAAACCAUGGCAGCCUCUUUAAAAGACACUUUCUUAUAUUUUGCAUAUGGUAGCAAUUUAUUAAAGAAGAGAAUACGCAUUAACAACCCUACUGCGGAAUUUAUAGGCACCGGAAAACUUGAUAAUCACCAAUUGGACUUUAUAAAAUAUUCGGAUCAUUGGCGAGGUGCAUCAGCAACGAUUAUACCAACCAAUAAUAAACAUGUAUGGGGUGCAAUUUGGAGAUUACAUGUUAAGGAUAUGUCCGCUUUAGAUAGACAAGAAGGUGUCGAGACAAAUUGGUAUUUCCCCAAAGCUGUUGAAGUUUUAACACCAAAUGGAGCAAAAGUGGAGUGUCGCACAUAUCAACAAACAAUAAAUCCACCACUAAGAGGACCGCAUGAAGAGUUACCACUAGAUAGAAGACCAUCAAGUACUUACUUGGAUUGCAUUGUAAAUGGAGCAAUGGACUGUAAUUUGCCUCAAGAUUAUAUAACAGAGCUGAAAAAAAUUCCACAUAAUGGACAAAAAGCUUCCCCAAAAAUGAUUGAAAAGCUAAAUAUGUAAUUGACUGAAUUUAUGUUCCAAUAUAUUCCCUUAAAAGAUAACUUUGUAAAUAUUAUAUCAUUUAUAUAAAACAAAUAUAUAACUGGCCAGUU